UGAAUUGUUUACUUCAUUUAUUUGGAACAUACAAGGAAGCUACCUCCUACUUUUUCAUCAAUGGAAAUAUUUAACCUAACAAAUACAAAAAAAGUCACAUUUUAGGGUUAACUGAGUUCAUUAUAUUAACCCUGCAAAGCCGAUGAUAUUUUGCCUAGUGGUAUAUGUUUUUGUCCGUCUCAUUACUGUGCGUCAUGACUGUGGGGGUAACAUAAUCCUCCAAGAAGGGAGUUCAUGUGACCUCGCUCUGCCGACACUCCCGUUGCCCGUUCCCCGUUCCCAGCACCCAUGUGGCGGAGCUGGCCUAAUACAUCUCCCGGUUGUUAUUAUCGAAGAACCGGUUCAGGCAGGAGCAGUUUUCGCAUUAACAAUGUAUCUGUCAAGUUCCUAUCAUUAUGAAAACAAAGUAUCUAUUUUCCCAGAUGCUGCGUUUAAUUUGUGCUACAAUUUCCCCAACAUGCAAUUUACUAGAUGUCACCUUGUUCAUGUGAAAAUUAACUUCGUUAACAAGACUUAAGGCGCAAUAGGCAUGUUGGGGAUCACUUCAGUAUCCCAAAUUUUAAUUUUGUAAAUGGUGAGUGUUUAUUCGCACACAAUAUGCAUAUAUUUCUCUCACGACUUACCUCAAAACCCUUCAGAACUGGCAAAGGCACAGGGUAGCCCGACCAGAGGUAAACUAUUUCCCCGUUACGUCUAUCUGCACAUAGUUUCCACUGUCGACUAGCCGCGCGGUUAUGCUGUGUGUGCGCGUGUCAGCAGGAUGGGCACUUCCCUUGGUGUGUGUGAGUUGCGCACCACCCGGACCAGUGAAAACAGCUUUGAACCGGUUUAUAUUCCUACCGGCGAUUCUGCGCUGAGCGGAUGCGAGGGUUCAAAGCAUCCCGAAGACAGAACGGCAUCCUAAUAAUAGCAGGAACACCCGGGGACUCGAUGUAAUGCCGAGCAAUGAUAUUUAUGUUGGUAGUUUUCAUUCCUCCGUCAGUGUGGCCGGAUAACGUUAAUGGCAACUCAUUGCAUUCGAUGCACGCAUUUAUCUGCACAGGUGCCUACAGAUCAUUUUGAGAUCCCCUCCUCAAGACCAACUCAGUGUAAGAAGUAUGGGUGGUGUUACAGCAGAGAAGGCCCUGGAUGGAGGUUGGGGAUGGGUGAUUGUGGCCAGCACCUUCAUGGCGCAGUUCCUGGCCUUUGGCUCGCCGCAGUCGGUUGGGGUGUUGUACCCUGAGUGGCUGAGCACCUACCAGGAGGGGAAAGGGAUGACCGCCUGGGUCGGUUCCAUGGUGUCAGGAGUCGCACUGCUCACGAGUCCCGUCUGCAGUGCGUGCGUGGAGAACUUUGGCGCCCGUCCCGUGACCAUCUUCAGUGGUGUGAUGGUGGCGGGAGGCAUGAUGCUGAGUGCCUUCGCCCCCAGCAUCUCCUUCCUCAUCUUCUCCUACGGGGUCGUAGUCGGUCUGGGCGCUGGCCUCGUUUAUGCUGCCUCCCUUACCAUCACCUGUCAAUAUUUUGACAAGAGACGUGGUCUUGCUCUGGGCAUUGUCACUACAGGCACGAGCGUGGGCGGCUUCCUGUACGCCACGCUGCAGAACGAGCUGAUCGCCCACUACGGCCUGGACGGCUGCCUGCUCAUCAUCGGCGCCCUCUCGCUGAACCUGAUGGCGUGCGCGGGCCCCAUGAGGCCGCUGUACCUGCCGGGCUACUACCUGAAGCAGCGGGCAGCGCUGAAACAGCACGAGGAGGAGCCGCCGCUCUACGAGAAGCCCACCACGCUCAUCGUGCCCCCCUCCGAGAAGGCCGUCCUCGCCAGCGGCGACCUUCAGACCACAUCCGGCUCGGCCGAGAAGAGCGCCGCCGUCGAAGUCACCAAGGAGCUCCUCAUGGCCGUGGACACCAAGGUGGUGCUGGACUACGAGGCCGAGGCCGAGCGGUCGCGCGGCGGCAUCGGCGGGAUCCUGUCGUGCGCGGCCGUGGCGCGCGUCGUCAAGCGCAAGCUGCGCCCCUACGGGAAGUACAUGCACGAGACGGCGGAGAUCCUGCACGGCCGCGUCUUCGCCACGCUCUGCGUGGCCAUGUUCCUGUUCGCGCUGGGCGCCUUCCCGCCCGUGCUCUUCAUGGAGGACGUGGCCAUCAGCGAGGGCCUCAUCGACAGCGUCAGCGACAUCCCGCUGGUCUCCAUCGUCGCCAUCACCACCGGCGCCGGCAAGCUGCUCCUGGGCGUCCUGGCCGACCUGCCGUGGAUCAACAGCGUGUACCUGUACGCUUUCACGCUGCUGGGCGCUGGCAUCGCGCUGCUGCUCAUCCCCGUAUGCCACAGCUACGUGGGGCUGCAGGUGCUGUCCGCCAUGGUGGGCAUCUUCUCAGGGAACUGGUCACUCACCCCCUACAUUACCACCAAGAUCGUGGGGCUGGACCGGCUGAGCCAGGCCCAUGGCAUCCUCAUGUGCUUUGGAGGGUUUGGCGUGGUGCUGGGGCCCCCUGUCGUCGGAUGGUUUUUCGACUGGACCCAGUCAUACGACCUGGCCUUCUACUUCAGCGGGAGUUGCGUGAUUCUGGGCGGGCUCUUCCUGUUCAUGGCCACACUGCCCUGCUGGGAUACUAGAGAGGCCAGGCAAUCUGCCAAUCAACCAGCCAGCCAAUCAGAAGAGGAGCCGGCGCCCCAAUGCAACGGAGACUCCUCCAUUGUGUAAUGGGCAUCGCAUCCCAUACACCUGAGCCACUCUUGUCCCCCACCCUCACCCCCCCCUCGCUCACCCCUGCCCGUGCCAAGAAAGAACUGUCCCUCUCGGCCAGUCUCCUACAGAUUUCAACAUAAUCAAACCCAUAGGGUCACUUUAACUCUGGUGCCAGUUUUCACACAAACCUUAAGCAACUGCUCUCACAAUGAAUAGCCUUUCUAUCUCUUUGAAUGUAUUUUUUUUCUACUCCAGAAUGCUCUACUUUGAGAGAAACGAAGACAAAUGUUUUCCUUUAUCUUCUGCAGACUUGAUUAUGGCCUCAUUUUAGGAGGCUUGGAUUAAAAAAAAGACAUUUUUAUUUUUUUGAUGAAAACUUACUACUAAUAUAGAUUGUGUUUACCGAAUAGACGUGAUAAUUGUUAACCAUUUCACGUAAUCUGUGAAAUGGUUAUUUGCUUUUUGAUAGAAUUUACCAAGCACGAUGCAAAAAAGAGAAGUCUGUAGUAGUAGGUGACAUUACAGACUGUUUGGAACGACAAUAAGCACCUCACCUGUGUGUAAACUGUAGACCCUCUGUACACUGUGUCAUAUAGUCGAAACCAAGUGAAUAUCCAACUUCACGUUCCCCAGGAGGACACCUGUCAAGCGGGGGACGACAGCAGCCAGUUGGAGUUGUGGAGGGAAUGCACUUAAACUUACCUCUCCUUCACCUUCUCCUGAAGACGCACAAUUCCUUUUUCGACAUUCACCUCUAAUGCCUUUCUGUCUAGACACACUCUCGCUUUUGCCUCUCGUCUCCUGCCUCCUGCUCCGUGUAAUGCCAAAGCCAUAGGGGCCUAGGGUAGGCCUCUUGGUCAUAGUACAUUCUCGGACUGCCUGAUUAGGUGAACCUGACUUGUUAAUUUGUAUGAGAAGAGUUAAUUUGCAAAAACAGAUAUCUCGUUUUAUUUUUCGAAAACAUUACUUUUUUUUUUUUAUUGUGCAUUCCAUAUAGUAUCAAUCAAAACUGCAGUUGGUUGUUUUGAUUUAAUUCUAAAUAAAUCCACUCAAAACAACCCAAUUGCUGUUUGAUUGAUGAUCAAAUUCACAAUUAAUAAAAAGAAAUCAUUCAGGAAAAUGCAUUAAAUUGCUUAUCUGCUUUUGCAAAUUAACUUUUCAUUCGUCUCUUUGCGGUCUCCAUGUGCGACUUCAGACUAUGUCCCUCCCUAUGUUUCUGUUAGGGAUCAUACACUAAAUAAUGUACGUUGUACAAUACAACAAAGAUGAAGAAGAAGGGAGAUGCACUCUCCUUGCAAUUUAGCCCUCGAAAAUGCUGUUUUAUAUGUUGUUGUUUUUUUUUUAAAUAAUUCCUCAACUAUGUCAGAAUAUGUCCAGAGGUUUUGUGUUUGUUUUUUAUUAUUAUGCACUGAAGUAGUUAAUUGAAAUGCACAGUAGUAGAAUAUGAUCUUUUUGUUGUGUUGUUUCGACACAAGAGAGUGUUGUCAUGGUAAUGAUUUAGUGACGCUUCACACCGCUGCCUUGCUCGACCUGUGUGUUACUAGAAGGAAGCUGUCAAGCAGUUGUAGUCUUCUGGGUGAUCACAUGACAUGUUUGUCAUCUUCUGGGUGAUCACAUGACAUGUUUGUUUUUACCAAAGCCACCACUCUGGGAUACUCCCCGACGUGAUUGUUUUUGUUUUAUAAUUUUUAUUGUUUUUAUUUUUUAUUUUCAUUUUUGUUUUUAUUUACAGGGUGAAGAUUGUAAAUGUGAGACCCAAAACACAGCAAUGCUGUUUUCAUAUGCUGUCUUAUUUUUAAAUGAUUUUUAUUUUAACCUUCUUUAUUUCGUAGUGUCAGUGUUACAAUAUUUAUGUUUGCUAUGUUCAGUUAUUUUUAUUUUAUAUAUAAGCAUGAUUCAAUAAUAAAAUAUUAAUUGAUACAAA